AUGACAUCUGGAGCAAACCAAACGAACUCAGCGGAGAAAAGCAGAGGCAAACAGCUGCGAAAGCCGUCAAAACGCCCCAAUAAUUCUGAAGGUGGCACAGAGGCAAAACAGAUGCGUGGAGACAAUGAGUAUGUAGAUGAGGAAAUGGAUGACGUUUCUACCAGUCAUAACGGCAGAGAAGUAGAUACAAACGGCCUGCUGGAGAACUUCAUGAAUCAAAGAGAGAAUGCGUCACGUUCUGCUGCUAAUAACGAGCGUAUAAAGAAGAAAAUAGUGAUAAAAAAUUUCAAAACUUGCUCCUCAAAAGAUACACUUGCUGCUGGGUACAAUGACAUCACUAAUGCAGAUGGACCUGUCGGAAGAGAUUGGGCGGUGUUAUCCGACAACGUUUAUGCAAUUCUUGAAGACAGGAAAACUACCUCAACACUGGAAAUGCUCUUCAGUAAAGUGAGAGCUGUCUGCGAUAAAAAUCAAUCAAAAAACCUUUAUGAUCUGAUCGUCGUUAUUGUUAAUAAUUACGCAAAAACGCUCAGAGAAUCGUUGAGUUCAGUAGAAGAAGUUCCUCUAUUAGAAGACAAUUGUGAACAAUAUUUGAUGAAGUUCGGAAGUAUUUGGGAGUCAUAUCCAAUCAAAAUUAAUUUGAUAAGAAAUAUUUUCCUCUAUCUCGAUCGAAUUGCGUUGAGUUCUACUGAUUCUGAGAUUGUUCCGUUGUGGGAAAGCUUCAUGCAAAUCUUCCAAAAAGCGUUCUUUCCGGAUGUUUUCAAAGAAUUCAAAACGAUUAAAUUGUUCAGUGCACUUUAUAUGGCAAUGCAAAAAAUGAUGGGAAAAUAUCCGGUUGAUAGUCCGCUGAAAAGUCUCACUGACAUGUUGCAAACAGUUCAUGUAGGAGAAGUAUUUGCUAAUUUUCUAUUAACUCAGUUGAGAGAACAUUACAAUAAAGAAAGAAUUGAGAAAGUCCCAAAUAUGACGUGUAACGAGUACAUGACAUACGCAGAAGAUCAAAUCAAUCGUUAUUCAGAACUUAUAAGAUCGAGUUUCGAUGAGCCACUUGCUGUGAGAGAGGUUCGAACAACAAUCACAAAUUGUUUGAUUCAACAAGCUGUUCCUGAAAUUCUAACGCAUGAUUUCGAUGCUCUUCUCAAUUCUGGAAACAUAGUGGAUAUCAGCAGAAUGUUUGAUUUAUGUCGUCAGUGUAUUGGAGGAGAAGAUGAAGUUCGUGCACAGUUCUCGAAAUAUAUGAGAACUAGAGGAGAACAACUUAUCACUACUUGCCCGGACAACGAACUUGUUACGGAACUUCUUGCCUUUAAGAAGAAAAUUAAUGUCAUCAUGGCUGGAGCUUUCCACACAGCAAACGAUCCAACCAAAAUGAGACAAUGUCUCUCCGAUGCAUUUGAAUUCUUUGUGAACAAGAAUGUCGACCGAGCUGCUGAACUCAUAUCUAAGCACUUCCAUACUCUCCUUCACAGUGGAAAUAAGCAUGUAACAGACGAGCGAACUCUCGAUCAAAUGGUUGAUGAUGCCAUCGUUUUAUUCCGUUUCCUUCGUGGAAAAGAUGUAUUUGAAGCAUAUUAUAAAAGAGGUCUUUCAAAGAGACUUUUCCUCGAGAGAAGUGCUUCUGUUGAUGCAGAAAAAAUGGUUUUAUGUAAGCUGAAAACGGAAUGUGGAGCCGGAUUCACAUAUAAGCUGGAAGGAAUGUUCAAAGAUAUGGAUGCUUCUGAGAAUCUUGGACAACUCUUUGUCAAGCAUCUCGCACAUAUGAACAAAGAGAAAGUCAAUUUCACAGCUAGAGUCAUUACACCGGAAUACUGGCCAACUUAUGAAACGUUUGAGAUAAAUGUUCCGAAAGAAAUGAGAGACACUCUCACUGACUAUCAAGAUUUUUAUCGCCUUCAACAUGGUAAUCGUAAUGUUAGAUGGCACCAUGGACUAGCUUCGGCUGUUGUUUCUGCUGAGUUCCGACCAGAUUUCAAGAAAGAAUUAGUGGCGACAAUGUAUCAGACAGCUAUUCUUCUCCUUUUUAAUAAAUGUGAAACGUGGACUGUUGCUGAAAUGGUGGACUGCACCAAGAUCCCAGAAGUGGAAAUCGUUAAGAAUAUUGUGGCUCUGAUUGGAGGUCGCGACAGACCGAAGAUCUUGACUAUGAUUAGCGAUGCGUCUACCGGAAAGAAAGAAAAUAUAUUGGAAACUGUAAAAGUAUCAAAAUUCACAGUAAACUCAAACUUCAACGACAAACGUUGUCGUAUUCGAAUCACUCAAGUUAAUAUUAAAACACCAGUCGAAGAGAAGAAUGAUGUCGAGCAGGAAGUCAAUCAGGAUCGACAAUCUCAUAUUGAUGCAGCUGUGGUACGAAUCAUGAAGACUCGUAAAGCGAUGACACACUCAGAGCUUAUGACAGAAGUUGGACAACAGUUAAAGUUCCCAGUGAAAGCAGCCGAUAUCAAGAAGCGUAUCGAGGGACUCAUCGAACGUGAUUACUUGUCUCGUGAUCCUGAAGAUGCAACAAAGUAUCGAUAUGUUACGUGA